AAGUCGCGCCGCCCGUCGUCCGCGCCGGGAUGGAUCCAUGCCUCCCCUUUGAACCCCCUCCCCUCUCACCGCCGGCUCGUCUCCCUCCCCACUUCCCUUCAGCCCCCCCUGGCCGACCGCAUUCCCGGCGGUGUCCCCUCCCCAUGGUUUGAGGAGGAGCGGUUGGGAGACUUGGGCCUCCCAUUUGCAAGCGAAAAAGACGGAGCGGACAAGCGGCUGUACUGCCUGAGUAAUCCCUCUUUCUUUACUGUCAACGAGGUGGCUGUGGGCGUCACUACCAACGACAUCCUCUGUCACCUCUCCGGCGAUGAGGUCUCAUACAAUCCCGGGAACCGCCUGGCGCGUCUGGCGGCCCAUCUCUUGCAGCAACAGAGUUUCUUCCCCCUUUUCCCGCCACCGGCAGAUGGGCAAGCGCAGCUGGAUCUUCGUCAUGCCGAUCACUGGCGCAUGCCCAUCACGCCUGAUGUCCUCCUCCUCCCUUCUAAGCUCACUCCUUUCGUGAAGGACGUGGGGGGCGCCCUUUGCAUCAAUCCCGGCACCCUUACCAAGGGCGGUGGAGGUGGCACCUACGCGAUGCUCCAUAUUCACCCCUUGCCAGCUGAGCGUCUGGAGAGAAUGUCUCCUGAGACUGAGUUUUUCCUGUUGAACUCAUCACACGCAGGUACAGCAUGA